GUCUCGAACCGAAUAAGACGUGUUUCAUAACAUAAUAUUAAAAUAUAAUAAAAUAACAUUAAUUGAAAUCAAAAUGAAGUUAAUACUAGUUGGUUUAGUUGUCUGUUUGUCAGUGGUUUAUGCGAAUCAUUUAAUAGUAGGUAAUGUGGCUAAUCGAGUUGUUUUGGCGAACCAAGCACGGGUGGAGUAUAAUGCUAUACCCUUUAUUAAGAGAGUUAAGUACUUCUUCUAUACACAACCGGACAACCGGCUGAUUCAGGGUAUCCAAGCUCUAGACACGAUGCACAGUAAAGCCUCAAUCAACAUAACGGCGGGAGGAGUCGGUUACUCCUACGUCAACCUCCGACUGAAGAGUGAGCGCGGCAGAGGACUGGCAUACGACAUAGGAAUCUAUGUACAAGACUUGUUCUACCAUUAAAUAUGAAGUUUUAUAAU